AUGGAAUCCAAAGAACAACAUCGAGACAGAGGUGUAAAAUGGCGAUGGCGAGUGGAAGUCUGCCUGGCUAUUUUUCAGUUGUUUUUUCUUAAUAAAGUGGAGGCACAGAUCCGGUAUUCAAUCCCGGAGGAGAUGAAGAAAGGGUCCCUUGUUGGUAACGUCGCGCAAGACCUCGGUUUGGAUUUGAAAAGACUCCGAUCUGGUCGGGCCCGUAUCGUGACCGGAGAAAACAUCCAGUACACCGAGCUGAAGACAGACAAAGGGACUUUGGUCGUGAAUGAGAGAAUAGACCGAGAGCAGCUUUGUGGGGACGUGACGCCGUGUAGCUUCACCUUCGAGAUCUUAUUGGAAAAUCCAAUGGAGCUGCACCCUGUCACCAUCGAAGUAUUAGAUGUAAACGACAACGCUCCUACUUUCCAAAACAGCCACCUGGAAUUUGAAAUAAGCGAAUCAGCAGCGCUGAGUUCCCGUUUUGUUUUGGAGAGUGCGGACGAUGCUGAUGUCGGGGUCAACGGUCUGCGGGACUACAUUUUAACUCCGAACGACAAUUUUGGUUUGAAACAACACGUUAAUCCGGACGGCAGUAAAUAUGCCGAAAUGGUGCUUCAGAAACCAUUAGACAGAGAAGCGCAGCCACGCCUGUCUCUGAAACUGCUGGCUGUAGACGGCGGAAAUCCACAGAGAUCCGGUACAGUAAAUAUAGGCGUCCAUAUUCUCGAUGUUAAUGAUAAUGCUCCUGUGUUUAAUCAGACUGUGUAUAAGGCCACAGUGAUUGAAAAUGCACCAAAAGGCACCCACAUUGUUACUGUGAAUGCAAGCGACAUAGAUAGCGGUUCAAACGGAAAGGUAACAUAUUCCUUUUCAAAAUCUAAAGCAGGAAUAGCUGACUUGUUCGACAUAGAUGAGGUCACUGGAAGAAUAUAUGUGGCAAAGGAAAUAGAUUUUGAAAAAGACAAAAAAAUCGAGUUCAGGGUUGAGGCCAAAGAUCAAGGCGGACUGACAGAUUCUAGCAAAAUUGAAAUCGAGGUAAUCGAUGUAAAUGAUAAUGCUCCGGUCAUCAACGUUAUGUCAUUCACGAGUCCUGUGUCAGAGGACUCUCCUGCUGGCACCACUAUUGGCAUAAUUAAUGUUAAAGAUCUUGAUUCGGCUGAAAACGGACAGGUAAGAUGCACGAUCGAAGGCAAUGUUCCUUUUAAAAUCAAAUACAAUGUGAGAAAUUAUUAUGCAUUGAUGACUGAUGCUGCGUUAGAUCGUGAAAAUCUGUCAGACUGUAACAUCACUGUAGUUGCCUCAGACGCAGGAUCCCCUCCACUCUCAACUAAAAGAACCUUUUAUCUGAAGGUCGCGGAUGUCAAUGAUAAUGCUCCAGUAUUUCCACGAGGGUUUUACAGUGCUUUAAUUGCAGAGAAUAACUCACCAGGUGUAUCAAUACUAAGCGUUAAUGCUAAAGACCCUGAUGAAAACCAGAACGCCCGAGUUUCCUAUGUGUUGGAGGACUGUGCGAUCGGCGGAGCUCCAGUUUCCGAAUAUGUUUCUGUAAAUGCGGAAAGUGGAGUUAUUCACUCAAUGCGCUCAUUUGAUUAUGAACAAAUCAAACAGCUGGUGUUCGUCGUGAAAGCGCAGGAUGGAGGCUCUCCUCCACUCAGUAGCAACGUGACAGUGAAGAUCAUGAUCCAGGACCAGAACGACAACCCCCCUCAGGUCCUGUACCCAGUCCAGACUGGUGGCUCUGUGGUGGCUGAGAUGGUGCCCCGUUCAGCAGAUGUGGGCUAUCUGGUGACUAAAGUGGUGGCUGUUGAUGUGGACUCUGGCCAGAAUGCGUGGCUGUCGUAUAAACUGCAGAAAGCCACAGACAGGGCGCUGUUUGAAGUGGGCUCACAGAAUGGAGAAAUAAGAACUAUCCGCCAAGUGACUGAUAAAGAUGCAGUGAAACAAAGACUGAGUGUUAUAGUGGAGGACAACGGGCAGCCCUCUCGUUCAGCUACAGUCAUUGUGAACGUGGCGGUGGCGGACAGCUUCCCUGAAGUGCUGUCGGAGUUCACUGACUUUCCACACGACAAGGAGUACAAUGACAACCUGACUUUUUACUUAGUGUUGGCUUUGGCUGUAGUCUCCUUCCUGUUCAUCACGUGUUUGGUGGUGAUUAUAUCAGUGAAAAUCUACAGAUGGAGACAGUCUCGCGUGCUGUAUCAGUCCAACCUGCCUGUGAUUCCAUAUUAUCCACCACGUUACUCAGACACUUUGGGGACAGGGACUCUGCCACACGUGUACAACUACGAGGUGUGCAGGACGACUGACUCGAGAAAGAGUGACUGUAAGUUCGGCAGAGCUGGUAGUCAGAACGUGCUGAUAAUGGACCCCAGUUCAAAAGGGACGAUGCAGCGGAUGCAGAGUGAGAAGAGCAUCCUGGACGAACCAGACUCUCCUCUAGAGGUUAGUCAAACCUAA